AUGGAUCCAUCGGGAUACGGUUAUGGAUCGAAGGUCAAAAAGGAAGCUAAGCCAGACUGUCGGGUCGAUGGAGUAUAUAGUGAGCUCUGGGGCCGAAAUGACCGAAAGAAGCGAAAGGAGGAUGAUGAUGAUGCUGAUAGUCAAACAGUUAAGAAACGACGUUCCAGUCAGUCGGGACAGAUACUACUGUCCACCUCCAAAAUCAAGUAA